AUGAUAGAACCAUUCCAGACGACCUUUCAGGUCCCCAUGACCUGCGAUCAUUGCGUGCAGGACGUCUCAGGAUCUAUUCAGAAAAUACCAGGAAUCACCAAAGUAGAAGCCCGCCUCGCAGACCAACUCGUCCUCGUCGAAGGCACAGCAGCACCCAGCUCCAUCGUCGCCGCCAUCCAGGGCACCGGCCGAGACGCAAUCCUGCGCGGUAGCGGAGGCACCAACAGCGCCGCCGUGUGCAUCCUCGAAACACACAACACCACCGUUCCCGAAAAGAUUCGCGGCCUCGCGCGAAUGAUUCAAGUGUCCAAAACCCAGACCCUGGUCGAUCUUACCAUAAACGGCCUCUCGCCGGGCCGGUAUUGGGCCACGGUGCGAGAGACGGGAGAUAUUUCUCAGGGCGCGGCGUCUACAGGUGGGAUAUGGGAGGCUGUGAAGAAUAAGAUACUUGGUGCGGAGCAGCCGAGAGGUGUAUUUGGCGUUGUCGAUGUCGGUGACAAUGGCAAAGGGAAUGUUUUGAUUGAUCAGCCCGUCGCAAUUUGGGAAUUGAUUGGACACAGUAUGGUGGUUUCGAAAAAUAAGGAAGGUCCCUUUAAGACUGAAGAUGCGGAUACAAUCGUGGGCGUCAUUGCGCGCAGUGCUGGGGUAUGGGAUAAUGAAAAGAUGGUCUGUUCGUGUUCGGGGAAGAAUGUGUGGGAGGAGAGGAAGGAGCAAGUUAGCAAGGGAAUGCUGUAA